AUGCGUGAUACAGGCAAAUCAGGAGCUAAGCCCGGUGCUGCUGCCGGUAAAGGACGUAAGAAACGUGAGAAAGGUGCAGCACGUAAGUUUGUGACGUCAUUAGAGGAAAUGACGAUGCGUGAUGAGCUAGAAGAGCAGAAACAAAGUGCGCGCAAGGCCCGUCGUGAAGAUGGCGAGGAAGAUAGCAAUGACUCAGAGGAAGAGAGUAGCUCAGAGGGUGAAGAAGGAGAAGAGCUCUUGGCAUUUGAGCGUGUGCAAAGCAACUCGCUUUUUGGCUUUUCACACAAGGCAGAUGGCCCUGUCAUGCAACAGGAGAAGAAAGUGGGUUUUGCUGCUGUUGCCAAGACACAGAACCCGAAUAUGAUAAAGAAUAGAACCAAGGUCAUGAAAGCUAAGGAUAUGGAUGAGAAUGCAGGUCCACAACAGCUUAGCCGAAGAGAACGUGAGGCUAUUGAGAAGGAGCGCGCUGCAGCUUAUUAUCUGAAGAAACACUUGGCUGGAGAGACGGAUGAAGCAAAGAAAGACCUGGCAAGGUUGGCUGAGGUCAAACGUCGUCGUGAAGAGGCUGAAAAGCGCAAGGAGGAGGAAGAAGCUGCUGCUGCGGAGCGUGCGAAGGGCAAAAAGAAGGUGGAGGUCAAGGAGAAUGACGAACCUCUCGAUGCUCGUGCGAUAAAGGCCCUUAAGCCAGCAGUUCUCAAGGAAAAGCUCAAAGAACGUAACUUAUCUACACAGGGUCAAAAGAAAGAUCUUAUCCAGCGUCUUAUUGAUUAUGAGAACGAGCGUGCUUUAUAG